CUGUCUCGAUCUACCUCAUGAUCUACCUCAUACUCCCUUCAGAGGCCACCGGUCUUCCAAAAGACUCUCGUUUCCCUGUAUCCAACCACCUAUAGUGUGACAGGUCUUUGCAGUGUGUGCCCCGUACCCUCAUCCUUCUGGACCACAUCUUUGAGGGUCUCCAUAGCCCAGGAGUCAACGCUCAUACUUCAAAACUGGCAUUCUAGGCCCUUCCCAAGUCUAACCCAACUCAUCUCCAUGACUCCUCACAAGAUAUUCCUGGAACUCCUCGCCGUAUCUACACAAGGCUUCUGGCAACCUCCAACAUGGGGAUUUCAUGUCUGCCUGCCUGUGUGUACCCUGGGAUGCUGACCACCCCUUAUUGUCUAACUCUUCCUCAUUCUGUAUAAACUGUCUCUGCCAUCCACCCUGAUGCUCACUCUCUACCUAGAUCCCACCCUGGAGCUCAUCCAGUGAAAAGCAAGCUUGGCUGAUUUGGCCAAGGAAUUUUCCAGUGUCCACUGUGUGUCUGAAGUCAAGAAGGAUAAUGAAGAUGUUUGGAAAAAGGAAAUGGGAGAGGAAGUCCAAGGGCAGCCGGGCAGCCAGCCCGCACCAGGAGUGUGAGUACCUGCAGAUGAUUGAGAUACAACGUCAGCAGUGCCUGGAGGAGGCCCAGCUGGAGAACGAAACCACAGGCUGCAGCAAGAUGUGGGACAACCUCACCUGCUGGCCAACAACCCCUUGGGGCCAGGUGGUAGUCCUGGACUGCCCUCUCAUCUUUCAGCUCUUUUCCCCAGUUCACGGCUAUAACAUCAGCCGCAGCUGCACUGAAGAAGGCUGGUCACAACUGGAGCCUGGCCCCUACCACGUUGCCUGCGGCCUGAAUGACAGGGCAUCUAGUCUGGAUGAGCAGCAGCAGACUGAGUUCUACAAUGCCGUGAAGACCGGCUACACCAUCGGCUACAGCUUGUCCCUUGCCAGCCUCCUGGUUGCCAUGGCUAUCUUGAGCCUGUUCAGGAAGCUGCACUGUACCCGAAACUACAUCCACAUGCAUCUCUUCAUGUCCUUCAUCCUGAGGGCCACUGCCGUCUUCAUCAAAGACAUGGCCCUCUUCAACAGCGGGGAGAUGGACCACUGUUCCGAGGCCUCGGUGGGCUGCAAGGCAGCAGUGGUUUUCUUCCAGUAUUGUGUCAUGGCCAACUUCUUCUGGCUGCUGGUCGAGGGCCUCUACCUAUACACCCUGCUGGCCGUCUCCUUCUUCUCUGAGAGGAAGUACUUCUGGGGGUACAUACUCAUCGGCUGGGGAGUGCCCAGUGUGUUCAUCAUGAUAUGGACAAUUGUCAGGAUCCAUUUUGAGGAUUUCGGGUGCUGGGACACCAUCAUCAACUCCUCACUGUGGUGGAUCAUAAAGGCCCCCAUCCUCAUCUCCAUCUUGGUGAACUUCAUCCUGUUUAUCUGCAUCAUCCGAAUCCUGGUUCAGAAACUGCGGCCACCCGACAUUGGGAAGAACGAUAGCAGCCCGUACUCGAGGCUGGCCAAGUCCACACUUCUGCUCAUCCCCCUGUUUGGAGUUCACUAUGUCAUGUUUGCCUUCUUCCCUGACAACUUUAAGGCCCAGGUGAAAAUGGUCUUCGAACUUGUCGUGGGGUCUUUCCAGGGUUUUGUGGUGGCCAUCCUCUACUGCUUCCUCAAUGGCGAGGUGCAGGCGGAGUUGCGGCGGAAGUGGCGGCGUUGGCAUCUGCAGGGCGUCCUGGGCUGGAGCUCCAAAUCCCAGCACCCGUGGGGAGGCAGCAACGGCGCCACGUGCAGCACGCAGGUGUCCAUGCUAACCCGCGUCAGCCCGAGCGCGCGCCGCUCCUCCAGCUUCCAAGCAGAGGUCUCCCUGGUCUGACCGCCAGAGGCCGCCAGGCCCCUUCGCACCCUCCCCACGCCUGCCCCUGGAGCAGAGGUCUGCAGCGACGUCGCUGGCUCCAGCCUUUCGUAGGGACACACGCCUUUGCUGCAGCCAGGACCCAGUCCGUCUAUGCUAGCUGGAGAGCAGGGAGGUCUAACCCAGGAGAAUGCAAGGAGGAUCAAACUCCACCUCUCAAGGCCGCUCUGCCAGUCAUGCGCACAAGAUCCGCAUUCACCUCCUGGAAAGCAAACCGCCUGCCCUUAAAGCUUUGGAACUCUGUCCGUGCCUAGAAUUCCACUGGGGCGCUCAAGUCGCUUUGGGUUAAGCGUUGCCAUUGAGACUCCUCUCUGAGGAUGCAGCACCCUCCCUGCGUUUAUCUGCCAGCUCUUCCGGGUGGGUGAGUUCUUCUACCUCAGGCAGAUAAGGUUGUGACCUGGAGUUUCAGUUUGGGGAUUACAGCUGUGUUGUAGUCCUCCCUCAGGAUGGAAUUGUCCCAGUGUAUCGUCAGACCUGGGAGCUCAGGGACUUACCUCUGGGGAGGGAGGGAGAAGACAACCCCAGCCAGUGCUCACCAAGUGACUUUGUCCAUCAAAUAGGACCAGUCCCACUAGCCUUAUGCAUAACCAAAGCAAUAUGGAGCUGCCCACUCUGGGCGCUCAUCUACACACCAAGUACUGCUGCAAGGGUCAGAGGCAUGAACACACAGGCCCCUUGAUCCUGAAGUCACCCUGACAUCACUGGUAGUGACAGAGUCAGGCAUCCUUUCCUGUCACUAAAGACUACCUGGAUUCUCUUGGGGUCAUAUUACCACCCCAACGCUGUUGCCACCCUCAGUCUCCAGUUCCUGUGGAGAGUGAUUGAGUAUGCCGAUGACAUAAAAGCCUGGGGGGGGGGGGUCAAGGCAUCUUAUGCCUCCCUCCACCCUUAUAUCAAUAUGGCUUCUAAUCUAAGCUGGUGUCAGUAGCUCCCCCCACCCCCGGAAUUGCACCAGGCUUGUAUGACAAUAAACACUGGCUCUAACAGGCUUAGUUCCCCUGGCCACUGUGGGUCUCCUGCUUCUUCUAAGCAGCUGUGUCACCUCUGCUCAGGUGAGAGAUGACCCCACUAAACCUACCACCUUCUGACUUUGGGCAGGAGCCCCACACAAGAGCCUUUGAUUCACAUGUGAGUGUGAAGAGGUUGUGACAGGGGUCCUGGUAUGACCCUCUCUCCCCUAAACCCAUCAGGAAAGAGACAGAUUCUGCCUCAGACCGAAUCAAAGCAGCCAACAGAGCUGUCACAAACAGCAAGAGUUCACGAUCAUUCCUGAAAACACAGCAAACAGGAAACGCGGCAACCAGGUCGCUGCUAGCUAUGAGCCAACCAAGAGGGUUCAAUCAGUGGAGAUUUCCCAGCACCAGUCAGUGAGAAGAGGCCGUGUGGCUAACGGAAAAGAGUAGACACAGCAGUGGGGCAAAGCAGGUGACAUUUGGUCGGUCAGUGAGAGAUAGCUAGCUCCCAAGGGUUUGUGCAAACACACUUGUGUAAACUUGUGGAUGUCAGGCUGGUGUCAGAAGCCAGAAUGGGCGUACAGAUCUGCCUGCAAUUCUCCAUUCAAAGUCUGCUGCCCCCAGUACCAACCCCAUGCCUAAACAAAUGGGACCAGGAUUCCCCCAGCAGUGCUGUGUUGUGGCACAGGGCCCUGGGAGGGGAGCAGUUACCAGCCAAGAAAACAAAGUGAGUAAAAUGUGUUCAAGAGAGGAAAGGCAGAGUUAGGAAGUGAGAGGCUCAGUGGAGGGCACGGAAUAAAGAGAGACUGGGAGGCUUGGGUGAGGAGCUAAGAAAACUUGUGCUGGCAUUCUAGGUUAAUGACAGUCAGGGACUUUCAGGUUGGGUAUCAUAGUCCCUUCUUCCUCUGCCAGGCACCUGUCUAGCAGGCAAACUCAUCUCUUUCGCCACCUAGUGGACACUUCAAAGACUUGACCAACUUUGGCCACCUUAGAGCUUCACACUGUCAAAUAGGUCUCGCACUGGGAGACAACCAACACAGAAAGCAGGGCUCCAUACUGAGCUCCCAAGAGUGAUCUGUGGGUCAGCCUAGGGCUAGCCCCACACUUCACCCUCAGGUCAAACCACUGGCUCUGUGUGAGUCUUGCCUUGACCCAAAAGAGCCUGACUGAACCUAGCUCCUGGUGGCUCCUUAAAACCGAACCCUACCCACAGUCUUCAAGGGCAAAGGUUGGUUAGCUGAAGUGGGUAUGGACAGAAAGCUGCACCAUCCGAGCCCGGAGGAGGCCGUUCGUUCUGUGGGGAAGGCAGUCCUCCCACUGUGGACUAGCAGAACAGCCCUGAUGUGUUUGAGGGCUAGGAGAUGUCUUAGAGUCCCAAGGAAAUGUGUUGACACCCAAGUUUGUGGGCACUUGCCAGUAGAGACAAAGAGAAGGUCUAUCAGAUAAGGCUGAGAGAUGGGAAGUGGUUGGUUAACGCAGAGAAUGACCCAGGUCUGGAAAGGGUGCCAGGCCAUCAACAGGAAAGGGAGGUCAGUCGGUGAGACAAUAGCCUGGUUUGGAACACGCUGAAUGUUAUGUCUGUGAGAUAUCUGAGAAGAGCCUCUCUAAGGCUGUAACAAAUAGACCUAAAGGGACAGAAGGUGGGAAGAUCAAGGCAGCUCCUUUGGAAGGAACAGUGAGUGUUCAGGCAAGUCCCCAGGAACCCCAUGGGGGGUGCUGGGCACAGUUGGGAGAGGAGGCUGACUCAGCCCUUCCGUGCUAGCUGCCACACAGGGUCUGUUUUAAUGAGCAGUGGCCAGCUUCCCUACCCCCAUGUGGGAACAGGAACAGCUCUUAUCUCUCUGGGGGAAGGGCUAGGGGUGGGGCCACAGCUGGCAGUCAUUAAACACCCUGCUCUAGUCAGGGAUGGCCAAGAUAUUAAUAGCCCUGGGAGUCUAUGGCCCUGAAGACUUGGCCUCCCAGGAAAAGGACAGAGCAACCGCAGCAGGCCAGAGGGAUGCGUCAGGAGGCCAUCUUGGCAAUGCCCCAGCCUCCACACAAGGCGGAUGGGAUAACCAGAAAAUAGAGAAAGAAAAGUCAUUGUAGAGGUAGAUGUUGAACCCAACUUUCCAAAUCCCCUGGUCGUGCCUCAGAUAUGCUAUAUAUUGUCAAACAUGGGGUCAUUUGGCUGUGCCCUACCUGGGGACGCAAAAAGAGUCACUCUGGUUAGCAGUCUCGAUUCUGUCUUGACAUAUUGUUUAUCCUGUAUUUUUGCAUUAAUUUUGAUAUUUUAAAAUACUGCAUUAAAAUAUUAUUUACCUUGA